GUGCGGGCUGGGAGCGGUGCUUCGCUCGGAGCGGUGCUUCGCUCGGAGCGGUGCUUCGCUCGGAGCGGUGCUUCGCUCGGAGGUGUGCGUGGGAUGCCCCGCUGUGAGCCGGGCUGCUGAGCUCCGUAGUGGCAAGGCAGGAUCUACUGAGAAUUACCAUGCUCUUCUACCUCUCAGACUUUGCACCUGGAUUUCAAAAUAUAUGUAAUUUGGAGGAGACUAGUGACCAUCUUGCUCAGUUAUGAGGAAACAUCCAGCAACCUUAGACACUCUGGAAGAAGAUUUCUCUAAAAAAAAAAAAAAUCAGAGCAAAAAAUCCUUUAAAAAUACAGAAGACACCUUAAGAAAUCCUAGCUUUUGGCUAUCGUAGUCUUAGGGAAGAAAAAAAAAAUGAACCGUUACACAAUCAUGAAGCAACUGGGUGAUGGCACCUAUGGCAGUGUGUUGAUGGGGAAGAGCAAUGAGUCAGGAGAGCUUGUAGCCAUCAAACGUAUGAAAAGGAAGUUCUAUUCAUGGGAUGAGUGCAUGAAUUUGAGAGAAGUCAAGUCUCUGAAGAAGCUGAAUCAUGCCAAUGUAAUAAAAUUGAAAGAAGUCAUAAGAGAAAAUGACCACCUUUACUUUGUGUUUGAAUACAUGAAGGAAAAUCUCUAUCAGUUGAUGAAGGACAGAAACAAGUUGUUCCCUGAGUCAGUCAUCAGAAACAUGAUGUAUCAGAUAUUGCAAGGGUUAGCUUUCAUCCAUAAACACGGAUUUUUUCAUAGAGAUAUGAAGCCUGAAAAUCUUCUUUGUAUUGGUCCAGAACUUGUAAAAAUAGCUGACUUUGGUUUGGCUAGAGAGCUGAGAUCUCAGCCUCCAUAUACAGACUAUGUUUCCACCAGGUGGUACCGUGCUCCUGAAGUUCUGCUACGAUCAUCUAUUUAUAGUUCACCUAUUGAUAUAUGGGCAGUUGGCAGCAUAAUGGCUGAAUUAUACACACUAAGACCCCUUUUCCCAGGCACCAGUGAAGUAGAUGAAAUCUUCAAAAUUUGCCAAGUAUUAGGGACUCCAAAGAAGAGUGACUGGCCAGAAGGAUACCACCUCUCUUCUGCCAUGAAUUUCCGUUUCCCACAGUGUGUCCCUAUAAGCCUAAAAACUCUCAUCCCAAAUGCAAGCAACGAAGCAAUACAGCUUAUGAGUGAUAUGCUGAACUGGAAUCCAAAGAAGAGACCUACAGCAAGUCAGGCACUGAAGUACCCUUACUUUCAAGUUGGCCAAGUUUUAGGACCUCCUCCACAAUAUUUGGAGAAGCAGACUCCUAUUAAACCAGUGCAGCCAACAGAACCAAAGCCAGCUUUACCCAAACUGGAAGCUGCAUCCAAGCCAGAACCUCUGUCUUCAUCUGAUGAACCUGACAAAACACAGCCGCAGUCCCUGUCAAAAGCUAAUCACCAGCCUCUCCAGCAAAUUCAGUUGCCUCAGAAUACAGCUAACCAGCAAGUACCAAAACAGCAGCAGCCACAGGCACAGCCAUUUCUUCCAGCUAUCGGUAAAGACUCAUCCACAAAACAAGCAGCUAGUGGCCCUCAGAAUGGUGCAGUAGGUCCUAAAAGUUGCAGGAGACGAUGGGGUCAGACUUUGAUAAAGGCUGGGGACAGCUGGGAUGAAUUGGAUGAUGCUGAAUUUGGAAUGUCAUGUUCAAAGAAGCCUAGCAUUGCACUGUUAAAAGACAAGAAAAACAAGGAAUGUCUUUUUAGUGUGCCAGAACCAAAAGCUUCACGCUGUAUCCAGCCAGGAGUGGAAAAUAAAGUUCUGAUGAGAAAUGAUUCCGGAAGAUCCAAUACAUCAGCAAAACAGUACUAUCUAAGACAAACAAGAUACCUGCCUGGUGUAAACCCUAAGACUGUCUCUUUAGUAGCCAUCAAUAAAGAAGGAUCUCAUGGAACCUGGAACAGCCAGUUGUUUUCCAAGUCACUGGCUCACGUUGGAGAAGGACUGUCUUUCAACAGAAAUAAUACAGAAGAGAACUUAAUCACACCAAUUGAAAAACUAUCAUGUAAAGAAAGACUGAAUGAAAAAUUAGAAGAUCCAAAAGCAGGAAAUUCUGACUUUGUGGGAGGUGCUGCUUACAACCCAUCAGGAGGAUACAUCCCUUCCUUUCAUAAGAAAGAAGUUGGAUCAGCUGGGCAACGGAUACAGCUAGCUCCUAUUGGUCCAUCCAUAUCAGAUUAUUCCUGGAAAACCAAAGCUGCUCGUGCUCAGUUAGCAGGUCCUACUUACAAUUCAGCAAAAAACAUGAGUAUUUUAACUCAUGCACCAACAGUUCAGCCAGUGCAUGGAAGAACAGACUGGAUGGCUAAAUAUGGAGGACACAGAUAAAAACACCAUCCUAUGCGGGUAUCAUGUGAGCUCUGUUCAGUUCUCCUGCGCUGGAAGCCUGAAAUGCCUAUUUGCUCUAAUCUUUCCUAAGACUAUGCAAUAGUAAAGAUGAAAAAACCAACCACCCUUAUGUUCUACUACCUAUGGACAAAAAAAAAAAAUCACAGAAUGCUAUUUAAAAUACUGGCUAUAAUGUAGGAUUUCAUGAAGUAUUGCAUAACACAUCUUGCCAAAUCUACUGUGUAUUUAAAAGUAAAGAGAAGUAGAUUUCACUUGGUAUUUUUCUAUGGAUGACUUCCUAUCAGCAUACUCUUAAGAACAACUGCUCUAGCUGUUUGCCCUAUUCAAAGUCCGCCAUUGGCAUAAUCUGCUUUCAUGUACACAAGCAGCUAGAAGUGAGGCUAAAGCAGAGCAGCACCAGGCUCCUGGCCAAUACACUGCUUCCUUCCUGGAAACAUGAAAGUGAAAGCACAGACUGAGCUUUGUGAAGAACACCAGCAUCCUACAAGGAUUUUAGAAUUCAUUCAUACCUGAAGAGUUGCUCAGGGUCUGUAAUGUGUAAGUGUUCGUAAUAGCAGUGAGAACUCCUUGUAGCUGGACAUAAGCAAUACGCUGACAAAUAUUGCACAUGGAAGAUUCAAAUGUGUGCCAGUAGCAACACCGGAAAACAGCUAAGUGCAGCAUUCAGUACUUGCUUACCUCAGUGAGCUGUAGUGAAGCUUAAAAUUAGAGUAUGACCAUUUUCACUUGAAGAUUUGUGGAGAUUCACAUCUCCCUUGUCAAAGGUAUAUCACAGUGAUGUGUUAAGGAAUCCAAAUAACUGCAGUCUUGUCAGCUGUUCUAAUGGUGGAUUAGCCAAAAAUACGUAAGUGAUUGGUAAACAUCUUACUGAGUGAUGACACUAGACUACAGACUUCUCCAUAACUCAGAGCAGUCCAAUGAAUUAUGUGAGGGAGGAAAUAAAGCUGCUUUUCAAAGAGAUUACUUUCCAUUUUAGAUUUUUAAGGCCAGCUUAAGUCCCUGAGAACACAUACAAGCUUUAAUAAUGCAAUACCUCAAUGUUUAUAUGCUCAUGUUGUACUUUCCUUGGCAUCUAUGCUAAGUUUUACAGUAAUAUCUUGCAAAGGCUCUUCCAAUAUACAAUAAAUAUAUUUCUUUAAUGUUGA